ACUGGAGUUUUUGUUUUCUUUACUAACGACGAAACAGAAAAGUAAACUGUAGCCGAACGGCGGAAAACUUUUCCCCGGUAAACGAUCAAGCCGUAACAAAAUGUCUUUAAUAAAAUUGCAAAAAUUCUUCAAAAAAAAGUCUGUAAAGUAUUCCAUCCCUUUUCUUGUUCUUGUGGUCGGGGGGUCGUUCGGUCUUAAACAAUUCACAGAGAAUAGAUAUAGGUUCCGUAGAAAUCAGAUCCUGAGUAAAGACGAAGCAGAAAAGUGGGGUAUUACUAAGAAAGAUAAAAGUGAAGUAACGCUAGAAUCAGAAUUUGAAAAAGUCAAACAGAUAAACAUCAAUAAUUGGGAGAAUAAAAGAGGACCAAGACCAUGGGAAGAAGUUACACAGUAGAAGACCAGUAGAAGCUAGUAGAAAUGAUGCCACAUGUGAUGCACUCAGUUGAGGAACUUAGUGUUGUCAAAGAUUUGACCAAUUGGAUCAAUAAUAAUGUUCAGUUUAUUGGGAAACUUAUGCUGGGUAUUGAUGGGGUGUACAUGUGUGAAGGAAUAGAAAAGAAUUCAUCUGUCAA